AUGAAUAUUGGAAACCACACAAGAAUACAACCGCUACGCGGAUCGACAACCGUACCAAGUUUUGUCCCUAAUAGACAGAGUUCAUCUGAAAGACAAUCGGUUGCAAAUCAACAUGGUGGUGGAGGUGCAUCACCAACAUCACAGGGUUGGUUUUUUGAUAAUAUUUUGAAUGCAACUUGGGUAAUAAGUUAUUUUCUAAUUGGAUCGACCAGAUAUUUUACCAGAUGGUCUUUUUAUGUGAUUACGGUUUGUCUCUUAAGAUUGCCCAAAUGGUUCUUUCUUUCCACAAAUCAGUUCCACUUGACCAUUUCUUUCCCAACCUUCUUGAUUUUGUCAAUGAUCACUACUUAUCUGAUCUACUGUUUGAUGAAAGAACAGGUCUUGUCGCAAUACAAGACUUUAUCAUCAGAUGAUUUAGAUUCAGAUGAUGGAGAGACAAUUCACAAGUCAUCGAGUGUUACUAGUAUUAAAGAUGAAAAACCUGAAAAAUUUAACCCUAGGGAUCAGUUACGCUAUGGUAAACAUGAUAAGGAUGAAGAAUCACUUGCCUCGUCAUAUUUGGAUCAAUUUUUAAGUGCGAUUAGAAUAUUUGGAUACUUGGAAAAGCCUGUGUUCCAUGAUUUGACUAAAAACAUGAAGACUCAAAAACUAGAUGAGGGUGAAAUACUUUUAUUGGAUAAUUCUGUUGGAUUUUCCAUUGUUGUAGAAGGAACCUUACAGAUUUAUCAUAAAGUGGAACAAGAAAAGGAAUUUGUCGAUUCUAACGAUAAUUACGCAACGAGAGAAAAUGAUACUGAAUCUUUGUCAGGUGAAGACCACGAGUUUACCGCCGAGUCUGACGCAGAUUUAGCUGACAGUGAAGCUGAUGAAAAUUCUUUGAAUUUUAUCGAAUUGAAAAAUGGACUUGGUAAAUUUCAAUUGCUUAAUAGCGUUAAACAGGGGAACCCAGUAUCCUCCCUAGUGAACAUUUUGAACCUUUUCACGUCUGCUAAUAAGGCGGGUGAUUUAUGGGGUGGUAAAACUAGUAAUGACGACAAUAACAAGGCAAUCCAUUUUAAUUCACCAUUUAAAUAUGAAAAUAAUUGGAUCAACCAUGAAUCAAGAAAUUCAAGUACAUCAACUACACCGCCCCCUGGUUUGAACAAAGGUCAUACUUCUGAUGAUGAAGCUGAGUUAAUGCGAACUUAUUCCGAGACUGAUUCUAUGCCACAGAACCUUAUGCCUAAAGUAAUUGCAUGUGCAUCUACCGACUGUACCAUUGCCAUUAUCCCACCACAGGCAUUUGCAAAAUUAACUGCUAAAUAUCCACGCUCUGCGUCUCAUAUCAUUCAAAUGAUUUUGACUAGACUUUACAGAGUCACUUUCCAGACGGCUCACGAUUACUUGGGGCUAACAAGAGAAAUUAUGGAUAUGGAAGUUUUGUUAAACAAUUCUGUCAGCUAUGAAAUACCAUUUUAUUUGAAAGAAACUGUGAUUAGGAAGUUAAAGAAUGAGAGGAAAAGAGACGACUUUGCUUCUAAAACACGUAUAGAAGAUCAAAAGAAGGAUAAAAAGGCUCAAAAUAUAGAUGCGACAAAUGCUAAUGCUCAGAGAGAAAAGGUAACACAUUUGAAACCUCAUCCAUCUCAUUACAAUCCCGCAAAUACAAAUCUGAGAGGUUCUAGACAUGUUGUGUUAGAUUCUAGAGAUCAUUUGAAUCCUGGUGACUUAUUAUCCAGUGUUCCGCUGUUGAGAAAGGAAUCCAUGAAUCCAGCCUCUUCAGCUACUCAGGAUUCUGUUUCUAUUGCCGCUCCUUCACCUCCCGAUUCUAUCCCUUCAUCUCAAAUAGGACCUUCUUCAAACUCUUCUAAAUCUUCUUCGAAGAUUAUUCAAAAACCAUGUCAUUCUUCGACUGUUUUGACGGAUUCUGGUUCCCAUCGUCAUUCUAGACAUGAGCCAGGUUCAUCUCACUCUAAUUUAAACGUCGAUGUGGAUGAUGACAUCAAGAAUAGAUCUUUCUCUGCAGUUGAAGAGGAAACUGAAGAAUCCGCAGUUAAGAUGGCGCUUGUGGAAGCUAUGUUCGCCUAUUUGGGUAUAAGUAAGGAUAACAUGAGAUUACCUUCAGUAGCCACUUCCAACAAUGUAAGUGAUGAUUUUGGUGGAUUGCAUAAAUCAAGUGGUUUGACUCCAAAUACUUCAUCCAGUCUUUCACUAUCAUCCUAUGCUGCAGCUUCUAAUUCCGGUGGUGGUGGUACUUCAUAUACAUCAGUCCUCAGAAUUUUACCCAGUGAUUAUGCAAAGACUUCUAAAAAGACUAAACCUAGAAAAAAAUCAGAGUAUAAGGAAGAAAUUUCACCUAAAUUGACUUUCGAAUCUGCUAAGGAUGAAUUCGCACAAGGUAUUCAAUUAUUAUAUUUUAGGCAAGGUACUACCAUUGUAGAACAGAAUCGUAAGGGUAAAGGAUUGUUCUACGUCAUGUCCGGUAAAAUAGCUGUCACUACUGGUCAAAAGGAUUCACAAAAUGCUGCUGGUCAACAAAUUUUGGAUUCGGAACAACAUGAGACCGUUUUAUAUACGGUUUGUGCUGGUGGUAUUGCAGGUUAUCUAUCUUCCUUAAUCGGCUACAAAUCCUUUGUCAAUUUGAAGGCAAAGACCGAUUGUUAUGUUGGAUUUUUGCCAAGUCAAGUCUUGGAAAGAUUAUGUGAUAAGUAUUUCAUGAUGUACUUGAGAAUCACGGAGACUUUAACGAGUCUUCUUUCCCCACGUUUGUUGAAAUUGGAUCACGCCUUAGAAUGGAUCCAUCUAUCUGCAUCUGAUACUUUAUUUAACCAAGGUGAUCCAGCAAAUGGAAUCUACGUGAUUUUGAGCGGUAGAUUAAGACAGUUACAAAAGACUGUCCCUAAUCCUAAGGGGGAUGAGACUGUUUCAAGGAGUUUAGAUAAUGAAGAUUUAGAAGUGUUGGGUGAAUUGGCCCAAGGUGAAAGUUUUGGUGAAGUGGAAGUGCUAACCGCAAUGAAUCGUUUCAGUACAAUUCUCGCUGUUAGAGAUUCAGAGUUGGCGAGAAUCCCGAGAAGUUUGUUUGAACUUUUGGCUUUAGAAUACCCAUCUAUUAUGAUUCGUGUCUCAAGAUUAGUGGCAAGAAAGAUCUUGGCAACUCAAAAAUCAGGUUCUAAUCCACCACCUAAAUUGGUUGGUGGCAGUGGCGGUAAAUACGACUUCAAUGCGACGAUUCCACCUACAAAGGCAACCCUUGGUCAAAGAAAACACAUUCACAACAGUUCUACAGGUUCUAUCACCUUUAGAACGAUUGCUAUUUUGCCUAUCACUUCUGGUUUGCCUGUAGAAGCAUUUGCCAUGAAAUUGGUGCAAGCAUUUAAGAGAGUGGGACGUUCCACUAUAGGAUUAAAUCAACGUACCGCUCUGUCUCACUUGGGUCGCCAUGCAUUCGAUAGAUUGGCUAAAUUAAAGCAAAGUGGAUAUUUCGCUGAAUUGGAAGAUAUGUUCCAAACUGUUGUUUAUAUCGCUGAUACUCCCGUGAAUUCUAGUUGGACUAAGACUUGUAUUGCUCAAGGUGACUGUAUCCUUUUGCUUGCUGAUGCUACAGCAUUUCCUGAGAUUGGGGAAUAUGAAAAGCUGUUAUUGAAAACGAGAACUACUGCCAGAACUGAACUUAUCCUAUUGCAUCCUGAAAGAUACGUGGAACCUGGUUUAACUCAUAGGUGGUUGAGGCAUAGAACCUGGAUUGAUUCUCAGCAUCAUGUCCAAUUUGCUGUGAAUCCACUGGAUACGGAAUCUGCCACCAAAGGUGAAGGAUUAAACGUUGGUGCACUUGGUCUUGUGGAUAAAUUCAUUCAAACUGAAUUCAGUAAAAGGACUCAGGAAAAUAUUUCAAAAUUGGUUCCUAAUUCCAUCAAGGCUCAUGUUGAGAACCUCUCGUCUCGCUUUAUGAACAGGAAGCGUCAAAUUUACACUCCUGUGUACUCUCACAAGAAUGAUUUCUUAAGACUGGCAAGAAUUCUUUCAGGUAAAGCGAUUGGACUUGUCCUUGGUGGUGGCGGUGCUAGAGGUAUUAGCCAUCUUGGAUUUUUAAAAGCAAUUGAAGAUCAAGGUAUACCAAUUGACAUGAUCGGUGGUACCUCGAUUGGUGCAUUUGUCGGUGGUCUAUAUGCCAAGGAUUACGAUCUGGUUCCCAUUUAUGGACGUGUGAAAAAAUUCGCUGGUAGAAUAUCAUCCAUUUGGAGAAUGGCUACUGAUUUAACUUGGCCUGUUACAUCUUAUACGACUGGUCACGAAUUUAAUCGUGGUAUAUGGAAAACAUUUGGUGACGUGAGAAUUGAGGAUUUUUGGGUUCAAUAUUAUUGUAAUUCGACAAACAUUACAGAAUCUGUACAAGAGAUACAUUCAUCUGGUUAUGCAUGGAGAUACGUUAGAGCAUCGAUGUCAUUAGCUGGGUUAUUACCACCAUUGGAAGACAAAGGGUCGAUGUUAUUAGAUGGUGGUUAUUUAGAUAACUUGCCUGUGUGGGAGAUGAAAGCUCGUGGUUGUGAUACAAUUUUUGCCGUUGAUGUUGGUUCAGUCGAUGAUAGAACUCCUAUGCAAUACGGUGAUUCAUUAAACGGGUUCUGGAUCGUAAUUAAUCGUUGGAAUCCAUUUUCAUCUCAUCCAAACAUCCCAAAUAUGGCAGAAAUUCAAAUGAGAUUGGGGUAUGUUGCAUCUGUCAAUGCAUUGGAGAAGGCAAAACAAACUUCAGGUGUUAUUUAUGUCAGACCACCAAUUGAAGAUUAUGCGACUUUAGAUUUUAAUAAAUUUGAGGAGAUUUACGACGUCGGAGCUGACUAUGGCCACUCGUUCCUCAGUGAAUUAAGUGCACAAGGUAAAAUGCCUGAUAUUCCGGGUUCUCAAUCCAAUCAGGAAGGUGAUUCUCCAGAAUAUUUCCUACGCAGAAGAAACAGCAUUUAA